AUGGAUAUUGGAUUGUUGUUGAGUUUUAUCUUGCUCUGUCGUGCGCUUCCCCUCUCGGCUGAAGAAGAUAGCAAGUCCACUGAAUCUAAUACUACUACUUGCCCAGAGAAUUUUAAUUGUGGAAACCUUGCUGGGGUAGGCUUCCCUUUCUUCGAUUCGUCACAUUCUUGUCAUUGUGGCUUCUUCAAGCUCAACUGUAAGGCGAUGCCAUCUCCAAAAUUUGUAUUUGAAUUUACAGCAGAUGAAUGGGUUGAUGCUUUAGCCAUAGGCAACUCUGCGAUCACGCUGCAUGACAACAUUCUUGAACAUCUUUUGGAUAGGCGAAGUUGCGAAUCUUUCGACCAUAGUAUUAUGCCACUUCCAAACUAUCCUUCCAUUUCAUAUUCGAUUCUGCCAAAUAUCACGCUCUACAGAUGCACUAAAAACCCCGAAACAAGCCAGAAGCUAGCUGAUUUUUUCAGCGGAUACAAACAAUAUGACAAAUGUGAUGAACCUGAUAAUGGCCUCACCAUAUACUAUCAAACUCCACAACAUCAUGCUCCAACAGUGAACUUCAGUGGAGACAUUCAAUCACUCUGUAAAAAUGUCACUCUUCCCGUAGUCUCCCGGCAUAAUUACUCAGUGAACGCUGACUUGUUUCAGUUAUUGACUGCUGAGUUCGAUCUUGAGUGGCAUCUCUCUGAAGAUUGCUAUGCUUGUAACCAUGAAGGACGCGAGUGUCUGGUUGACUGGAAUCUGCCGUUGGAUCCGCGUUGUGUCUAUUCUAAAAAAGCUCAACCAUCUGAAGUUAUUUAUGGAGGUCUCACCGAAUAUUUCAUUACAAGCGUGAGAUUUUCAUUUCCCGAGUUGCAACGGAAAACUGAUUAUCAAAUGACAAUUUGCAGGAACAAAGAAACAUUUGGUCAUUGUAGUGGCAACAGCUGCUUUGCUGGUGGUCUUGGGAUUUUAGUAAUUCUUGCCUACUUCUUCCAAAGGAAGUAUUCAUUUCUGCGUAUUUGGAGUCAAAGGGAGAAGUUCCAAAAUGUUGAAGACUUUCUCAAGGAUUAUGGAUCACUGGCACCCAAAAGGUAUCACUACUCUGAGGUAAAGAAGAUGACUAACUCCUUCGUGAUCAAGCUAGGACAAGGUGGCUAUGGGUGUGUGUACAAAGGAAAGUUGCAAGAUGGAAGUCCUGUGGCAGUAAAAGUUUUGAAGGAAUUGAAAGGAAGUGGAGAAGAAUUUGUUAACGAGGUUGCAAGUAUUAGCAGGACUUCCCACAUCAACGUUGUAACUCUAUUGGGCUUCUGUUUCCAGGGUCGCAAAAGAGCUCUUGUAUAUGAAUUCAUGCCUAAUGGAUCCCUUGAGAAGUUCAUUUAUGGAGAAGUUCAACUGGGAUGGCAGAUUCUGUACAAAAUUGCAGUAGGCAUAGCUCGAGGACUGGAGUAUUUGCAUCGUGGUUGCAAUACCAGAAUACUCCAUUUUGACAUAAAGCCGCACAACAUCCUCCUAGAUGAAAACUUCUGUCCCAAAAUCUCUGAUUUUGGCCUUGCUAAACUCUGCCUUCAAAACGAGAGCAUCGUCUCAAUAUUGGGUGCACGAGGGACAGUUGGAUAUAUUGCUCCUGAAGUCUUUUGCAAAAACUUUGGAGCGGUAUCUCAUAAGUCUGACGUCUAUAGCUACGGGAUGAUGGUUUUCGAGAUGGUUGGAGGGAGCAAGAACAUUGAUGUUGGAGUAGAUCAUAGCAGUGAAAUAUAUUUUCCUCAUUGGAUUUAUGCAAGACUAGAUCGAGGUGAACAAGAGCUUGGACUGCAUGGAAUUUCCAAUGAAGAGGAGAACGAACUUGCGAGGAAAAUGAUAAUUGUAAGCUUGUGGUGCAUACAAACUGAUCCGGUCAACAGGCCAUCAAUGACUAAGGUUGUGGAGAUGUUAGAAGGGAACCUCCAUGCCUUGGAAACCCCUCCCAAACCUUUCUUGUCUUCUCCAGCAAGAGCAUCAGAAGAUUCUUCAACAAUAUAUCCAUCUGGAACAGUCUCAUGA